UGCUUCUAUUUGUGUUCGUGUACUUCUAUUUGUGUUCGUGUGCUUCUAAUUGUGUUCGUGUACUUCUAUUUAUGUUCGUGUACCUCUAUUUGUGUUCGUGUACUUCUAUUUGUGUUCGUGUAUUGUACUUGUUGGCAACCGGCUUCACUGUAAUAUAAAUUUGAUUGGUACAAUGUUCGAAGCUCGAACAUAAUAUACUAACUAUACUUCCAUAUAGUGUCACGUUUGAGAAUCGAAAAGAUAUUAAACCAUGCCAGUAAAGAUUGGAAUUAUCUGUGGAUCAGGUCUAAAUGAUCUAAACCUAUUUGAAGAUAAGGUAGAAAAAGAGUACAACACACCAUAUGGCAAGCCAUCAGAUGUGCUAUCAUUUGGUAAGAUCAAUGGUGUUGAAUGUGUGCUGCUACCAAGGCAUGAUAAAAAACAUAGCUUGAUGCCAACAAAUAUCAACUACAGAGCAAACAUUUAUGCAUUAAAGAAAGCAGGAUGCACCCAUGUUAUAGCUACUAGUGCUUGUGGGUCUUUGCAGGAGAAGUGUCAUCCUGGAGACUUGGUUAUCAUUGAUCAGUUUAUUGACAGAACAACAAAGCGUCCAUCAACAUUUUAUGAUGGUCAAAGUGGGCAUUUGGAAGGUGUUUGUCAUAUUCCAAUGGACAAACCAUUCUGUGAACCUUUAAGACAGAUUUUGAUAGAAUCUUCAAAAACUUUGGGUAUUCAUUGUCACACAAAGGGUACGGUUGUCACUAUUGAAGGUCCUCGGUUUUCGUCCAAAGCUGAAAGUAAACUGUUUCAAAGCUGGGGUUGUGAUAUAAUAAACAUGACAACUGUUCCUGAAGUAUGCUUAGCAAAAGAAAUAGGAGUUCUUUACUCUACUGUGUGUUUAGUCACUGAUUACGACUGUUGGAAAGAUGAUGGUGUGGUGGUUAGCGUAGAUUCUGUGUUAGAAAUAUUCAAAGAAAAUAUUGAUAAAGCUAUUCGGUUGAUUGUCGCCGCAAUUCCAAAGAUUGCAGAAAGAAAUUGGAGCAAAGAAGAACUGCAGUUAAAGGACUGUAUUAAAAUGCACUUAUGGAGAUGAAUUGAGUUACCUUGCAAGAAAUGUACUGAAUCUGAAUCACGAACACCUAGGUUAUACAAAUUUUGUAAUAGAAUGAAAUUAAAAAAUAUGAAACUCUUACUUGCAAAA